AUGCGCCUUCUGCGUUUUAGGGCGGAUUUGGCGCAGUUUCCACUUCUACAGGGAGCGGCGUACAACCGGAACUUUGUUUACUUCGAAAGCGAUGAUGCGAUUGUGCCCCAAACCGUCAGCAGCUUGGCCAGUGCAGGCUGCGCUGUGAUUGUUGUUUCGCUGUUCCUGCUGCCGUCUCUGCGCGGAGCUAUCAUUGUAGUGGGAAUACUGCUUGUAAUCGAUAUUGUUAUCUUGGGGUUCAUGGCGCUUUGGGGUUUGCCCCUCAAUUUGCUCACAAUGGUGAACCUUACAAUAUCUAUAGGGUUUUCUGUGGACUACGCGACACACACGACCCACGCAUUUUGCCACUGCAUGGGCCAGAAGAGAGGCCUCCGCGCAUUUGAAGCGGUGUUGCUUGUAGGAGGUCCACUGUUGCACGGUGCUCUGUCUACUCAGCUAGCGGUUAUUCCCCUAGCCUUUGUCGACAGUCCAGUGCUUUCUGUGUUUUUCAAAAUGACGACACUGGUGAUAAUCGUGGGGGUUACGCACGGGCUGAUGCUGCUUCCCGUGCUGCUUUCCCUCAUUGGCCCCAUGCAACAGUCGCAACAGAAAAUGGUUCAGCAGCUUCUGGCGCUGCAGAAACAGUAUGACCGAUUAGAGGAACAGAUCGUUGCAUGCGGAGGGAGCAGAGAAAACCCCAGACUGAAAAAGCAAAGGAAAGCUCUACGGCGCCUCAUCGAGCAGCAGGAACAGCCGCCUGAGACAGCUAGAGAUGCCUGUCUCGAAUUUGCAAAGGGACUCUGCCCUGACCAUCCCAAAAACGUAUUUUUAAGAAACAGACAAAUCCGCAACUGGGUGCAACAAGAAAAAUAA